AUGCCGGGCACCUCCCUGGCCGAGUCCACCAGUGGAGAGGCCCUGGUCACUCGGCACCCCACUCCAGCCCGGCACAACGGCCAGGGCCACGGCAAGAAGGUGGCCGAUGCGCUCACCAACGCCGUGAACCACCUGGACGACCUGCCCGGCGCCCUGUCCGCCCUGAGCGACCUGCACGCGCACAAGCUGCGCGUGGACCCCGUCAACUUCAAGCUCCUGAGCCACUGCCUGCUGGUGACCCUGGCCUGCCACCACCCCUCCGACAUCAGCCCCGCUGUCCACGCCUCCCUGGACAAGUUCUUAGCCACCGUGAGCACCGUGCUGACCUCCAAGUACCGCUAAGCUGGAGCCGGCGCCCCGUCCCGCCCCGUCCCCCCCCCCCUGCUCCUGAAUAAAGUCUGAGCAGCGGCAGUCCA